AUGGUGCAUGCAUUCACUUGCAUGGGUCUAACUGAGACCCAAUACCGCAGUUUCAGUAAGGCAGCUGGGAUGGGUUCUGUCAUGGACAAGACUGUUGAUACAAGUGUGUGGUUACCAUUGUUUUUUUUUUUUUUAAACCAAGUUAUGUACUCGAGAAUUUCGAUGUGUUGCUUUUCGCAUUUCUUGUGCAGUUGAAAGAAAGCCAUUUCCAGAUAUCUUGAUUUAACAGAAUAACAUGGAAUAGAUUGACCUACACAUGAAUGUCUUAUUACACUCCGUAGUUUACAAGGAUAGUGGUUUUGGCUACAUUGGAAUAGUGCGUGAUCUGGCCAAAAAGUCUAUGGAAGAUGCAAGAAGGGAAGUGGAAGUAACCGCAUAUUAUACUGCAAAUGGGGAUGUAAGUAAACUUACCCAUAGAAAUCAAAGAGAUAACAACACAGCUUAAUAGUUAGCGUUGUUAAUAAUAGUAGCAUAUUUUUCCAACCAAGGUGUGUACAUCACAGUUGCAUAUUAGCAGUUUUAUCUCACGUAUUUUAAUUUUUAGUCUUCUUAUUCGUGAAUUUGUUUUCAGUGUAUCAUCACCAAUGCUAGACAUGACUCUAGUCGGGCAGCGAUGCAUUGCACUGUUUCAGCCAUUUCCAUGAGGUAUACGUAUGGUGAGGAUUCUCCUUUUAUGCCUUUUUUUCUGUAAAAAAGCUGUGGACUAUGCUGCUUUUGAAUCGUGUUGUGGUCAUUAUAUUUUCAUGACCAAGUAAAAAAAAAUGAAAAUAAACAGUAUUUUCUUUUUUAUGUCCAGCAACAAGAAAAUAAUUUCUGUUUGCAACCGGAGCAGGGCUGAUGAAAGGAGUGCGCCAUCCAGGGAAGUUCCUAUGACAAAGGAAAUGAUAACAAACCUCACAGGAGUUCUAGGUACGUGUAAAUGAUUAUCAAAAGACUCUGUUGAUUGUCCAAGGAAAUGAAAAGUUAUCUGUUCAUUAUUAUUAUUAUUAUUAUUAUUAAUAUUAUUAUUAUUAUUAUUAUUCUCAUAGCUCACAAUGUGACUGAGGUGGCCCAUAAUUGUGUUGUUGCACUCAAAAAUUGA